GAACGUUUUGCUUCUGACGUGGUGGGUAUCGCCUGCUGGCUGGAGUGUUAAUUUGUUCGCAUACCGGUGCGAUUGAAAUCUAAUUUUCCUUAUUUAUUUAGCAAAGAGUGCAGUGAUAACUAGUCGGAAAAUGAAGUUAAUAGGGUAUUUUUUACUUCUGAUCGGCUGCCUAAUUCCGGCGGUUUGGACUGCGAAAACGGUGUCCAAAUUUAUAACCCCUCUGGAUCAGGACCGAUACCAAAGCAUCUUCAGUGAAGGGCUGCAAUCGAAUGAUUUGCAGGCCGUCUAUUACUCCUCAGUAAAUGCAGCGGAAGUUGAAAAACCGCAGGACGCUUGCAAGCGUCUCGUUGCGGUCUUCGGAGAGUCGAAACUUAAUGAUGUCGAGAAGAAUUUCUAUCUAACAGGUGCAUGGAAGAACUUCAACUGUAAAGACGCCGUCCCGGCUAAAGUUCAAGAUUCUGUAAAGAGCUUUGCCCAGAAACAAUUUAGUUCGGCACAGGAGUUGUACUUUUACUUCCAAGCGGUUAAAAAUCUUAAUUUGCCAAUCGAUGAAGCACAAAAAGUGCGUAUGGCUAAGAAUUUGCAAUUUGUGCUGUUGAAAGACGAUUCCUUGAGCAGCCUGGGUCAUGCGUUUGCAGUGGCUGCUGAAAUCGGAAGCCAUGGUCAGGCCACCUACGAACGAGUUGAGGAAGCUUUCGUUCAGGCUGAUGAGGUUGAUGGAAAGAUGCUUCAGUUUGAAGGUGGUCUAAGUAUUACCGCUUUGAUUGUGAAUAGUGCAUUCAAACUUUCGAACAGCCUGCAAAAGCCACUCCCGAUUAACGCCGAACAGGCGGUGAAAUUUGCCACUUAUUUCCUGUCCCGUGCUUCAGUACAAACCCCGAAAGGCGUGAGCAUCCUGCUGGAAGCAUUGAACACCCUUUCUGGGCAAAAAACAAUUGCACCCAUCUGUGUAAUGCUUUCCGGAAAUGGUCAGCUGUCGCCCGAAUCUCCGGUCCUUAGUGUGAGGGUGAGUGACCUCCUGGGAAAACCGCUAACUCCGGCCCUAGCCGUUGUGAGUGCCACCGUAAAAUCAAAGUUGUCCAACGAAGCACUCGCCAGCAAAGUUAAUCUGGUACCAAGCAACUCCAACCCAAGCAUCUUUACGUACAACCUGAAAUCGCUGAACCCUCCAAGAGGACAAUACAAAGUGGAUAUCGACGCAGGUGGUUACAAACAAACGCUCAAAGUUAAUGUACUCGGAAAGGUGAAGGUUAGCCUGCUGGAAAUCGGUGUCGGCGAUUCCGACAGUACGUCGGCCAUCAAAAAGCACACAGUCCAGUACUCCAACAAGCUAAACACCGAACUGGCUGCCGAUGCUCAGCAAAAGAUUGUCCUACGUGUUCAGCUGGCCGAUGAAGCCACCGACAAGCCGGUCAAUGUACAUCAGGCGUUUGUGUUGCUGCGCAACAAAGCGACCCAGCAAGAAAUUAUCUUCGUUGCCGAGGCAGAUUCUACGAAGGCGUACAAAUUUGAAAUGGAUGUUGGAGCAAGAAGUGCCGAUUUCGGUUACAAGAGCGGACUUUACUCAGUUGAGUUAAUCGUAGGAGAUGCUUUGAUUUCUAAUUCCUUCAAAUGGUUGGUUGCUGAUGUAAACAUUAAAUUUUCCGGCGAAACAGCUAAAGACAACGUCAACCAGCCCCGGCAACCACUGCCGGAAAUCGUUCACCAGUUCCGCGUACCGGAAAAACGUCCACCUCGGCUGGUAUCGGAUCUGUUUACCGCCCUGUGCUUAGCUCCGCUAGCACUGCUGCUGAUCCUGUGGGCCAAGCUGCGUGUUAACGUGGCUAAUUUCCCGCUCACUUUGAGCGGUCUCAGUUUCCACCUGACCUUCGGAGCAAUCCUCGCACUGUUCGGUGUUUUCUGGCUGAAGCUGGACAUGUUCAAAACGAUCAGCUAUCUGAUUCCGCUAGCUGUGCUUACAUUCCUCUGCGGUAAUCGGCUGCUGCGAUCGAUUGCCGGUCGAGGUUCGGAGAAAUAGACCCGGUUUCCAAGGAUCUCACAGUAAACUAUCCCUCGCCCUGUGCGGUGCGUGCAUUUGUGGUCUACUAAAAACGUUAUAUAAUAGACCUCUCUAUAACUCGGGGGAUUUUCAUUUGCUCCCAAAGUGAGUCAAUAUUUUCAGUUUUAUUGGAAAUAAUUUGCGAAAGAAGGAUGUAGUCCAGUAGAGUAAUUAGAGUGCUGUCGUCCACUGGUUAACUAACUGGCAGUAAUGUGCAGCAGAAUCGAUUAAGCGAAUAUUAGUUUGUGUGGAAUAAAGUUGGACGGAAUCGCA